CGUUAUCAGCUUACUCUCCUCUUCCUCUACAUAUUACACUAUCAAAUGACGACAGACGCCUCGUGGAGGCAAUUCCCUCUCUUUGAUCUCACUCCUAUAAGGGAUCCUUACUAUCGGUCUCCAGAGGCACUUUACUCGGAUCCGUCCCUCUCGGCUGUUUGUUCUUGUGAUCUGUAUUUGGUCCUUGCUGUUCACAAUGUAAUCAAGGUAGUUGCUCGUGAGUUUGUCUUGGCCAAACAAUUCCUGGCCUAUGACUUGGAGUACAGAAUCAAUUACAUGGCUGCCUUGCCACAGCUGAACUUGGUAGUGACGGUGGCGGAACGUCAAGGGUUCCCAGCGCUUUUAAAACUAUGGGAUAUCACUAAAUUGGUUCUGUUGGACACCAAGGAUGAGGACCAAUAUAAGCAUGAGUAUCACACCUUAGUCCGGAUCAAUAACCAGGACAAUGCCUUCCCAAUCAGCAGCUUUGCUUUCAACCCUGACCUCACAUGUGUGGCUGUGGGGUAUGCCAAUGGGAAAGUCUUGUUGAUCAGAGGGGAUCUCAUUCGAGACCGAGGUUCAAAGCAAAGAGUCAUAUACGAGUCCCCAGACCCAGUCACUGGUAUUCGGUUCAAUCCAAAGGAAGAUUUAUUGUACAUCACCACAACUUCAAGAAUCUUGACCGUGUUGACAACUGGUAGAAAUCAUGGGAAACUUCAUCGACUCUUGUCUAAAAAAACUGGAGUUGACAUUAAUUGUAGUGAUAUUGACCCAUUUCUGGACGAGCUUAUUGUGGCGACUUCAGAAUCUAUUCGAUACUACAACCAUCUAAACAAAACACAUACGUUGGCUUUAGAUAUGCCUAAAAAAUAUAUCUAUAGGUUUGGUAAGCAAUAUUUAUUGGUAGUCUCUCCGACCACCAUUAACUCUGGAGUACUCUCUAGUAAUGGUGGGAGUGGGGCAAGCAAAGUAGUUGUUCUUGAUCUCACCAAUAACCAUAUUUCAUUUACCCUCACAAUUCCAAACAGCACUAUCAAUCAUGUAUUUUCAAUGUGGGGUGAUAUUUACAUGUUAAGCAAUGAUGGAGUGUUCUUUAAGAUUCAUGAGAAACCAAUCAACCAACAAAUUGAGAUCAUUCUCCAAAGAAAUUUGUAUUUGGUGGCAUACCAGUUGGCAGAACAAGCCCUGCUCCCCAAGAGUACACUUUUACGGAUCCAAAAGUUACAUGGGACCUUCCUAUUUGAAAACCAAAAUUUUGAAGAAUCCAUUGAUGUUUAUAUCCAAUGUUUGGAUCUAAUAGACUCCACCGCUACCACAGCCCAUAAUGAGACAUUAGCGGAUUUCAUCAUGGAUAUUGUGACGAAAUUCAAAGAUGUUUCCAACAUUAAUAACCUUUCAAAAUUUCUUUUCCGGUUAUAUGAACUCAAACUCGCAGACAAUGACCAUCUUACUCUUUUGUUAUGUUGUUACUGUAAGCUCAAGAAACUUGAAGAUCUCGAUACCUUCAUCGAUGAGCUUGACUUGGAAACUACAGAUAAUUCCAGUCAUGUGGACUUGCAAGAAUUAAACUUUCAACUAAUUAUCAAUUUGUUUAAAGAAUGUGGCUAUUAUACACAGGUGAUCAAACUUUUGUACAAAUUGAACCAGCCGGGGCAUAUUGUAGACAUUCAAUUGAACUACUUAAAUCAACCUCAGAAAUGUCUCCAAUAUAUCAAGACUUUAUCCAUUGAUGAUCUUCUCUUGAUUUUAAUUGACUAUUCUAAAUAUCUUUUAGAUAAUCUUCCUAUUGAAACCACUGAAUUAUUAAUCAAUGUUUUCACGGGCCACUAUGUACCUCAGGAACAGGAACUUAAACCAUUUGAAGCUACUGUGACAUUGGAAACAAAUGGGCAUGAUGACAGUGUGAAUGAGGAGAAUGAAGAGCAUCAUUUCCCAAUCAAUAGUUAUAAAAACUUUUUAACAUAUAUUUCAUUGGGAGAGAGUAGUGAAGAUCAAGAAGAAGUUUCAAAACAACCUUCAUCUCCGACUUACUUACCACCACGUCCUACUCUUAUUUUCCCAUCAUUCACCACCCAUCCAAAUGAAUUUGUUGUGUUUUUGGAAGCAUGUGUCGAAGCAUUUGAUCGCUACCAGGGAAAUAUUAACGAUAAAACCGACCUUCUUAUGACUCUUUACGAAAUGUAUCUUACGUUGGGAUCACAGAAGGAUGCCUCAGAUGAAUGGAGUACCAAGGCUAAACAGUUGGUUGAUACCUAUUCAACUCUAUUCAACAAGUCAUCUCUCUUAUUGGUCUCCCAUGUCUACGGUUUCCAUGAAGGUGAGCUUGUUGCUAAAGAACAAUCUGGGUUCGAAGAACUGCUUUUCCGGUCGCUGGCGAUUUCGGGUAAUGUUGAAGAUUGCUUCAAAUUAGCACUCAAGUAUGGUGAUACUAAACCGGAAUUGUACAAACUUUUACUCAAGUUUAUUGUUUCAAAGGUAGAAAUCUUCAACCAAGUGAGCGAGAGUGAUUUCCGAUCAGUACUUCAAAAGAUAAAAGCAUAUAAGUUGGCAUCUCCUUUGGAAGUUGUUCAAAUUCUCAGUACUACAGAAUUCACAACUAUAGGUUUAGUAAAAGAUUAUUUGAUCGAAUAUAUCGAUACUCAGAACCGGGAAAUAUCAAACAACCAUAAACUUAUCAAUUCUUAUGAAAAGGAAUCUACCAAAUAUGGACUCGAAUUAUCAGAGCUUACAUCCAAGCCAUUUGUUAUUCAAAAUAAUAAGUGCUCGGCAUGCAAAAUGAAAUUGGAUUUCCCCAUGCUACAUUUCAAGUGUGGGCACUCUUAUCAUCAAAGGUGCUUGGAAGAAAAUGUCAUUGUCUCUUCCACAACGGUAUUGAAUGAAUCUAAUAAAAACAAAGAUGAUCGACAAUGUCCUUUAUGUGCUGAUAACUUGGAACGCAUACGUGACAUUCGAGACCGUCAAUAUCAAUCAAAGGAAGAUGUUGCGAUGUUUGAGCAAAGUUUAAAGAAUUCUGAUGAUAGAUUUAAAGUUGUUAGCGAUUACUUUGGUAAAGGGGUCAUGGAAAAUGAAACCACGGUGGUUUUAAAUCAAAUAUAG